CUUACGAUCAGAGAGCACUACACAUCUACUACGAGCAUUAGCAAUGGCAACCAUCAGCGCCACGGCCGUCUUCGUCGCCGCCAGACCGCAGCGGUCUCCAGGGCUGCCUCGGCUGAGGGUGGCCAAGGCCGCCAGGCUGAGGUGCAGCUGCUCCAAGGACCUCAAGAAGAAGGCUUCUUCGGCCCUGGCUAUGGCGGUGGUCAAGGGCGCGCCGCUGCUCGCUGAGGCGAGCGCCAUGGCGGUGGCGGCGGCCCCGGUGCUGGCCCCGGCGCUGGUGGACGAGCGGGUGUCGACCGACGGCACCGGGCUGAGCCACGACCUGCUGGGGUGGAUCCUGAUGGUUGCCUUCGGCCUCGCCUUGUCCUACACCUACUACUCCUCCAUCCUCAAAGACGACAACGACGACGACCAUCCAGCGCCGGCGGCAUCACGAUCUGAACACCACACCGCCAUCUUCUUCUUCCGCCUGCCUGAUCUGGCCGUCAAAGCUUUGCAUGAUUACCAUUGGUCUAUGAAACAUGGACGAAUAUUGAACCCUAAGCUACUGAUUACGGUAGGAAUACUUUUAUUAUUAUUUUGCGAGCAGAGUACUUUCCAUGACGGUUGUCACUAUGAAGCAAGCUGAGCUGUAUUAAUCUGUCGUCUACUUGCGACAAGCCCAGGGUUGUACUAAUAAACAGUUUAUGUUGUGCUUGUUAAAUCAUUAUUACUGGCCCCGUUCAGCACAGCGCAGUAAUGUACUGUCCA